AUGUCCGCUGUCCAUUAUCUCCUCGACGGCGUCUCCGUCACCAUUGCCUCUCUCCUCAUCUACACUGGAGUACGAUGUUUCCAAAACCCUCUAUCCUUGGCCAAAACGUUUGGUCUCCCGACCGCGACAGCCGAUGAGGUCGUCUUCUUCCAGUCGUCGACUGGCCGCAACAUCGGCGCCGGUCUCUUUAUCUACGUGAUGACCUAUCUGCAAGAACGGCGGUUGUUGGGCAUUUUCUUUCUGUGUUGGUCCACGGCGGGGAUGUCAGACACAAAGCUACUACUGGAGCACCCUCGCGGGCAGAAGAUUGGGAUGCACAUUCGCAAUACGUGUGUCCUGCUGGUGCUGGGGCCGCUUUUGAUCAAAUUUGCCAGUUGA